AGGUGGCGCCGCGCUCUAAAAGAAGAAAAGUCACGUUUCGGGUAGGCAGAAGGAUCGGAUCGUCGGGAGAGAAAGAGUCGCCAUGGAUUUCGACGACAUCCUAGGCGACAUGGGCCACCGACAGAGGUACCAGAAACUGGUCUUCUAUCUUCUGUCGGUGCCUUGCUCCAUCAUGAGCGUCCUGGUCCUCUUCAACGUGGUCUUUCUCUCGGCCACCCCCGACCACUGGUGUCGCGUGCCCCAACUGGAAGAGGCGAUUUCCUCGCCGGAAACGAUCAAGAAUCUAAGUCUUCCCACCGAAAUUAGGGACGGGCAACUGGUCUACAGUCGAUGUCAGAUGUACGACGUCAACUACACUGCUUUACUGGAGAGGGGGGUGACGGGGGCCGAUGCGGAAUGGCCUCGAACCGAUUGUCGAUACGGUUGGAACUACGACCGUUCGCUCUAUCACGAAACGCUAGUGACGCAGAUGGACGUAGUCUGCGACAGGAGCUGGAUGACUUCUUUAGCCAUGUCUGUGUUCUACGCGGGAAGCUUAUUUGGAAAUGCUAUUUACGGAUACGUGGGUGAUAGAUUUGGUAGAAAACCGACGUUACUCAUCAUCAUUUUGGUUGAUUUUGCUAUCAGUUUUAUAUCUGUAUUUUCUCCAAACUAUUCCUUCUACGUCGGAUGCAGGGCUCUUUUGGGCCUCGGAUUUCCUUCUCUUUAUAGAAUAUCAUUUAUUAUGGCCAUAGAAUUGAUGAUCCCCGAAAGACGGGCUCGUUGCGGCAUGUUAUAUUGCAUCUUCUUCUCUUUUUCCAUGAUGCUUCUGGCGGGCAUCGCUUACUUAAUUAGAAAUUGGGUUUACCUGGCCCUGGCCACGUCACUACCUUUCGCUAUUCUUCUAGUCUACUGGUGGUUCGUAACGGAAUCUCCCAGAUGGUAUCUAAGCCACAAUCAUUUGGAGAAAGCAGAGUGUGUCAUUCAGAAAAUUGCGAAAUUCAAUGGAAAGACACUUCCGGAAGAUUAUCUGCAAAACUUGGCGAGUCUGCAAGAUGUGAAUGUGGAACACAACCCUAAAGAGCCGAAACCGUCUCUGUUGGACUUGGUGAGAACGCCUAAUUUGAGGAAAAAAUUCAUUAUAAUUAAUUUCGUGUGGAUCGCCAUCGCUUUUGAUUAUUCGGGACUAUCCCUGGGUUCUACGUCUUUAGGGGUUAACGAUUACGUGGCAUUUUGUAUCUCUGCGCUAGUAGAGCUACCGGGAAUAAUAAUAGCGUGGUUUACUAUGGAAAGAAUAGGAAGGAGAUGGACCAUGUGCGUUGCCAUGCUACUAGGCGGAUCAUCCCUCAUCUCUACCGGUUUUAUUCCAUCCGGUUACGUGUGGACAACGUUUGCCUUAUCGAAUAUCGGGAAGUUGGGAAUAUCGGGCUCGUUUGCUGUCAUUUAUGUUUUCGCAUCCGAGUUAGUACCCACCGUAUUACGUAGUUUGGCUCUGGCUACCUGCUCUUUUACUUCCGGUUUUGUACUUAUUUUAGCUCCUCAGUUGUUGUAUAUGGCAGAGACGUACGGACGAGCUCUUCCUUUGACCGUCUUUGGAAUUCUUUCAUUAAUUGGAGGUGUUUUAAUCUUGUUAUUGCCCGAAACGUUAAAUUCCCACCUCCCGCAGACGGUCGAAGAAAGCGAAAAAUAUGGAAAGAAGUUCAAAUUCUUAAGUUGUCCGUGGUCGAAACCCGACACAAACGAAACGGAACAAAUGUGAUAUUCAAUAAAAUUAAAUCAAAAAGGCAAAUAGCUUAAGUCAUAGUUGAGUAUGCUGUACGAGGGCACGCACAGAGAAGAACUGGGAGUCGAUUGUCCCUCCCGAAAUUUGACUUGUUCUUUUAAUUUUCUUUGCUUUUUUCCAAUAUCAAUUUUAUACAGUAAUAUUUUAUAACUGUUGAAAAUAUUAACUUUAAUAGUCACUUUAUGCAUGAAAUAACUAUAGUUGUUUUAUGUGUAACGUGACUAGUAUCCAGCCUAGUUGUUAAACAGGAACUAGGAAUUCUCUCGUUGCGCCUACACGUUACGCAUGAAAUUGCUAUAGUUGUCUCAUGCAUAACGUGACUAGUAUUCUCCUGGUUCUUGUUUAAGACAUUGUAUUAUUUAUAAUACAACGCUUGCCUAGUCUUAAACAAGUUUUUAGUAAAGUUCUGGAUAUUCAAAACUUCAGCUUUUAGAGAGUAGCUGGAAUUAUAGCUUUUUUUUUUUUUUACGUGUUUAUUAUUUACCUUCAUACAGAUGGAUAAGUAGGAACACGCUUGUUUAAAGAACAUGGUUUUAGUGAAUUGGUUGGUGGUUAAUCGAUAUAAAUAGCAUAAUUUUCGUCUCUCGACGAAAUUCUGCGGGUGCUCCUGAUGAUACAGCAAUUGUUUAUAUUUUUAUAAUUAUAUAAAAUUGGAUAUAUGUAUUUUUGUAUGUAAGGAAAUUUUAAAAAUAGAAAGAAGGAAUAAAUUUUGUUCUGAA